AUGAGAACAGAGAGUCACGGAGGAGACGGAGGCCGGAGGGACGGAGAGGACGGAGAGGACAGAGAGGACGGAGAGGACACGGUGCUGGUACUCACACCGAGCGGCUUCAGUCCCGGCGGCGGGCGGCGGGCGGGCGGUGCAGGCGGCGGAGGAAUGGGGGCGACUCCAUCCGAGGAGGAGGAAUCAGAUAAAGAGGGGAAACAGAAGGAGCAGGAGCAGGAGGCUCGGACGUUGCGUCGCUGGAAUCGCGUCUGUCGCAGAAACUGUCGCACUGCUGUGAAAUCAGUGACAUUUUAUUGGCUGGUUCUGCUCCUCGUCUUCCUCAACACCUCUCUCAGUGCGUCCGAGCACUACAACCAACCUGACUGGCUGACAGAAGUCCAGGACAUCGCCAACAAGGUGCUGCUGUCUCUGUUCACGUUGGAGAUGCUGUUGAAGAUGUACAGUCUGGGUCUGGCUCAUUACUUCGUGGCGUUCUUCAACCGCUUCGACUGUUUCGUGGUGUGUGGCGGCAUCGUGGAGACCAUCCUGGUGGAGUUGGGCAUCAUGCCUCCUCUGGGGAUCUCCGUGCUGCGCUGCGUCCGCCUCCUGCGGAUCUUCAAGGUCACACGCCAUUGGACGGCUUUGUCCAACCUGGUCGCGUCCCUACUGAACUCAAUGAAGUCCAUCGCCUCCCUGCUGCUCCUCCUCUUCCUCUUCCUCAUCAUCUUCGCUCUGCUCGGCAUGCAGCUGUUCGGAGGAAAGUUCAACUUUGACGAGACGCAGACCAAACGCAGCACGUUUGACGCCUUCCCACAGGCGCUGCUCACCUGCUUCCAGAUCCUGACAGGCGAGGACUGGAACGUGGUCAUGUAUGACGGCAUCAUGGCGUACGGCGGCCCCGUGUUUCCAGGGAUGAUCGUCUGCGUUUACUUCGUCAUCCUCUUCAUCUGUGGAAACUACAUCCUGCUGAACGUCUUCUUGGCCAUCGCCGUGGACAACCUGGCUGGCGGAGAUGGAGACGACAAGAAGAAAGAUAAAAAGGAGGGAGCGGAGGAGGAGGAGUUGGAGGGGGAGGAGGAGGUCGAAGACGGAGAAGUGAAGGUGGACAUUGACGAAGACACCGAGUAUGAGGAGGAAGAGGAGCUUCCUGAAGGAGAAGACGAUGCGGGGGUCCAAUUAAAGAUGGCCGACCUUGCUCCACCUAAAGAGAAGGUCCUUCCAAUCCCAGAAGGCAGUGCGUUCUUCUGCCUCAGCAACACAAACCCUAUCCGUGUGGCCUGUCACACUCUGAUCCAUCACCACAUCUUCACCAACCUCAUCCUCGUCUUCAUCAUCCUCAGCAGCUGCUCAUUGGCUGCUGAGGAUCCAAUCAGAGCCCACUCCUUCAGGAACAAC